UGAUUCAGAUCAUGUAGAUUGUAGACGUGCAGUGGUGCAUUGUGAACUUAGGAAUUUUAUAUUGAAUUUGUGAUGAAAAUUUAAUUUUAAUAAACUUCACUGGCUGAUAAAAAGCUUAUCAAUUAUCGAACACAAUGACGCAUGUCAGUACUGGAGAACUGCUAAACUUCCAAGAUUAUUCGCCGGAGCACAACGAAAGGAGUGCUCGAAUCGAUGUUGAGGCCGUCCAUACAAAUCAAUACAACACCAUGUCCACAUCGAAUUAUAAUUACGAAGAACCUAUACCUAAACCAGUAGAGGAGGAGGAGACUCCACCUUCUCAAACAAACCACAACUUCUGGACCAUAGAGUAUUACCAGAAGUACUUUGAUGUACAGACCAGUGAAGUGGUAGAGAGGAUAGUAUCAUCUGUGCUGCCUCAGAAGGUGUCUCGCAACUACUUUGAUGAGAGGAUCAAGGGGAAACCUGAUUUGUAUGGGCCAAUAUGGAUUUCUGUAACAUUGAUAUUCACCAUAGCAGUGAGUGGUAACAUAUCGAACUACCUCCAGCACGCCAACACAACUGUCCACUGGCGGUACAAUUACCACCUAGUAUCUUAUGCAGCAACAGCCAUCCUUUGCUAUGUAUGGCUUGUGCCUUUGGCUUUGUGGGCCGCUCUUAAAUGGACCGCUACUGAUACACAGGAUGAGAUUGAGACACAGGUGUCAAGUUCACCCUCAAUGAUAUCUCUGUUCUGUCUCUACGGCUAUUCCCUCUCAAUAUACAUCCCCGUGGCAGUUCUCUGGACCAUCCAAGUGUCAUGGCUGCAAUGGCUCUUUGUACUGAUGGCAGCUUUCGUCUCCGGAGCUGUUCUGAUCUUCUGGCUCUUACCGGCGUUGAAGAGGUCUAGAUAUUACUUAAUUUUGAUAGGAUCCAUAUUAGCAUUCCAUUUCUUGUUAGCCACUGGAUUUAUGUUGUAUUUCUUUCAUGUACCCGAUACGGUAGUAGUGCCGACUGUUAAAGUUUUGACUACUCUUGCUCCUAAAUUGUAAUUAAAACAUAUCAGCCCGGCUCGCAUGGGCAGUAGAUAAAAAUUAUAUCCCCCGAUUAUAUCCACUGAUGUCAUAGAAAUCAGUGGAUAUAAUUUUUAUCUACUGCCCAUGCUAGCCGGGCAAGGGGUUAGCACAAAAGUUGUGAUUUUCACUUGGUAAUAACCACAACUUUAAUUGGCUGAAUUUAUGAUGUUUUUGCUAUAACUGCAUUUUAGCCAAUAGUAUUGGCCUAUCAUAAUUAAAUAGGUGAUUAAUGUUUUUCUAUUACUGUAUCAUGAAAGGAAUAAAUAUAUUAUAUUAAGAUGUA